AUGUACUCAAAACAGUUAAUUUCCGUGUUGAUGCUCACGACCAUGGUAGGCGUGUCGAUCUCUGUGACCGAAGGAGAAGAUGCUGUAAAGACUGUGGACAAGGACGACGACCCGCAUCCGGUCAUCCGGGAGGAGAUCAAAAGAUACAUGUCUAUAAUGGAGAAAAUCAACAUAGACCAAAUGCUGAACAACACUAGGUUGAUGUCGAACAACGUCAAAUGUUUUCUGGACGAAGGACCGUGCACGGCCCACUUCAGAGAAAUGAAAAAAAUAGUACCUAUGUUAGUCAAAGAUAGUUGCUCGUCGUGCACCAAAGAGCAAAAGAACAUGAUGAAAAAAGCAAUCGACGCGAUUAAAGCUCGUCGUCCCAAUGAGUAUGAACAACUUUCCAAAUUUUUUGACCCAGAGGGAAAAUAUGAGAAGAAAUUUUUAGAAAACUUGAAAGAAUCGAAAUAAUACAAUUUUUUUUUUGUUUAAAUAAAACGUACGCAUAUUAUUAUUAUAUUUUAUAACACGGUACCCAGCUAAAUUUAUCUGUUUAAAAUUACACCAAUUAUUGUGAUUUCGAUAUAUUAAAUG